CAACACGCGCGCGCAUUACAAAAUUCGCCUUCUUCCUCGCAGACGCUCGCGGCGGCUCAUCCUCCCUCCGAGAACGCGCGCACCGGCCGGUGGCGGAGAGAGGGGGAGGGUGAGAGGAGCGGCCGUGUAAGGACCUCUCCGCGCGCUCUCCGGUUUUAUCUGUCUAUCUGUAUCAUCAAUCUGCCUACGGUUCGUGGGCCGGGCUGGGAAGGGAGGAAGGCCGCCGCUGCAUUUUCUUGGUGGUCUGAUUGAUGAUGGCGGGAGCGACGUCAGCCACGGCCGCAUUCGCCGCCGCCGCUGCCGCCAGCGCCAAGGCGCACGCCGCGUGCCCCUGGGCCGUCGCCGCCGGCGGCCGGAGGCGGUCCGGCGUCGUCGUGCGCUGCGACGCCGGCGGGGAUGCCCAGGCGGCGUCCAAGGCGGCCAGCAUCACCGCGCUCGAGCAGUUCAAGAUCUCCGCAGACCGGUACAUGAAGGAAAAGAGUAGCAUCGCUGUGAUAGGCCUCAGUGUGCACACAGCACCAGUGGACAUGCGUGAAAAGCUUGCUGUUGCAGAGGAACUAUGGCCCCGGGCUAUUGCAGAACUCACCAGUCUGAAUCAUAUCGAAGAGGCUGCUGUUCUUAGUACCUGCAACAGAAUGGAAAUAUAUGUGGUGGCUUUAUCGUGGAACCGCGGUAUUAGAGAAGUAGUAGACUGGAUGUCAAAGAAAAGUGGAAUCCCUGCUUCCGAGCUAAGGGAGCAUCUCUUUAUGUUGCGUGACAGUGAUGCCACGCGCCAUCUGUUUGAGGUAUCCGCUGGGCUCGACUCUUUGGUUCUUGGAGAAGGACAGAUCCUUGCUCAAGUUAAACAAGUUGUUAGAAACGGGCAAAACAGCGGAGGCCUCGGAAAGAACAUUGAUAGGAUGUUCAAGGAUGCAAUCACGGCCGGAAAGCGUGUCCGCUGCGAGACCAACAUAUCAGCUGGCGCUGUGUCUGUCAGCUCGGCUGCGGUUGAAUUGGCGAUGAUGAAGCUUCCAAAGUCCGAGUGCUUGUCAGCCAGGAUGCUUUUGAUCGGUGCUGGCAAGAUGGGGAAAUUAGUGGUCAAACAUCUGAUCGCCAAAGGAUGCAAGAAGGUUGUUGUGGUGAACCGGUCGGUGGAGAGGGUGGAUGCCAUCCGCGAGGAGAUGAAAGAUAUCGAGAUUGUGUACAGGCCUCUUACGGAGAUGUAUGAAGCCGCUGCUGACGCCGAUGUCGUGUUCACAAGCACGGCAUCUGAGUCCUUACUAUUCACGAAGGAGCAUGCGGAGGCGCUUCCUCCUAUUUCUCUUGCCAUGGGCGGUGUUCGGCUUUUCGUCGACAUAUCCGUCCCAAGGAACGUCGGCGCCUGUCUAUCCGAAGUGGAGCAUGCACGGGUAUACAACGUCGACGACUUGAAAGAGGUGGUGGAAGCCAACAAGGAGGACCGUGUGAGGAAAGCAAUGGAGGCCCAGGCAAUCAUCACCCAAGAACUGAAGCGGUUCGAGGCCUGGAGGGACUCGCUGGAGACGGUCCCGACCAUCAAGAAGCUGCGGUCGUACGCCGACAGGAUCAGGGCGUCGGAGCUCGAGAAGUGCAUGCAGAAGAUCGGGGAGGACAACCUGAACAAGAAGAUGAGGAGGUCCAUCGAGGAGCUGAGCACGGGCAUCGUGAACAAGCUCCUCCACGGCCCGUUGCAGCACCUGAGGUGCGACGGCAGCGACAGCCGCACCCUGGAGGAGACGCUCGAGAACAUGCACGCCCUCAACAGGAUGUUCAACCUCGACACGGAGAAGGCGGUCCUCGAGCAGAAGAUCAAGGCCAAGGUAGAGAAGACCCAAAGCUGAGGACUGUCCGUCUGUAUAUCUAUCUACUUAUACCACCCCACCCCCAGAUAGAAUGUCGCUAUAUUCUAAUCCCAGUACAGUAUUUUUUUUUAUCCUCCACUUGCUGCUGAGUUCUUCUUGUGCCGUGAAUUAGCCAUGGCAGCCUCCAAAUGUGUUGUAGAGGGAGAGGAGCGGCGAAGCAUGUUUGCUCCGAAACUGCCUGCCUGUGUACAUUAGUUACUGUGGCUGCUGUGGUUAGAGCCCAAUUUUCAAGCUGUACUAUAAUACUUACUCUAUUGGACGAAAUAAACAGGAUGCAUUCGUUUUGCGUUA